AUGGCCCUAGCAUCCCGUCCUCAGUUUGAUGAUCAAGCAGGGAAGCCCGUUCCCGUGAUAGGAAUGGCCACGGGUAUCAACCAGACGGGCCAACCUCCCAUACGGUGGGAAGUCAACGCCUUGCAAAACGAAAGCGGUCCUCGAUGGGAUCUGUAUAUUCAAGGUCUCGCGGCGCUGCAGAACAAAAAUGAAGAGAAUGAGCGAUCCCACUUUGUCAUAUCGGGGAUCCAUGGAAUGCCUUAUGAACCGUAUAAUGGAGUUGGCCCAGUUCGUGGCGGUUCAGGCAGUGGGUUCUGCCCUCAUGGCGAGACGCAAUUUGUCGCAUGGCAUCGCCUUUAUAUCAUUCUAUACGAGCAAGUACUCGGCCAAGAGAUCCAGAAUAUUGCGUCCAAGUACCACGGUCACCAGAAUGCUUCCGCCUACAAACACGCUGCUCAAGUCUUCCGCAUCCCGUACUGGGACUGGGCCGCGAGUGCCCGGCUCCCGCCGUCGUGCGCACAGCAGAACAUCACGGUCAACGGCCCACAUGGCCCCCUGACUCUCCGAAAUCCCCUGUACAGCUACCGCUGGCAGACAUACCCCCUAAACCAGAGCCAGUUCCCCGGAUCAGGAGAUUGGCCCGCCGAGACGACGCGCGCAUCGAAUGGAAAGGAAGACUUCAGUCUCGGGGCAGUCAAUGCGAAUCUGACAAAGGUAGCGGACGAGCUGAGAGACCUGGUUUACCAUACCUUCACUUCUGCCGAGAGCUUUGACCAGAUGUCGUCGAUGAUGAACCCGGCGGGAGUCAGCCUCGAGGCGCCGCACGAUGUCGUGCACAAUGCCGUCGGUGGCUCUUUCGCCUCUCUGGACAUAACGGCCUUCGAUUCGCUCUUCAUGCUCCACCACGCCAACAUCGACCGUCUCGCCGCGCUGUGGACGGCGAUCCACCCCAACGCCAGUGCCUACCAAUCCACUCCGUACAUGACAAACGGCCUCUACGCCACCGCGCGCGGCGACAACAUCACCGCCCACAGCCCCCUCAAGCCUUUCUUCCGCGCCGGCGGACAGGCGUUCCACACCAGCUUCACCGCGGCCGAUAUCGACGAUUUCGGGUACACCUACCCGGAGCUAGCGGAGUGGGCGGGACGGCGCGGACGCGGGGUAGAGGAGGAGAGGAGGAGGGCGGUGAUUGCGCAGGUGAAUAAGCUGUAUGGGGGCCGUGGAAAUGCAAGUAGCAAGUAUGAAUAUCCUGACCUCCUGGCGGGGCGAAGCGGGAAAGACAAGAAAGUAAGGGGAGAAGGAGGAGGAGUGGAGGAGGGGGUAGAGUGGUUUGUAAAGAUCGCGGCCGACCGGUCCGAACUUGCUCUCCCCUGUACGCUGGACGUGUACGUGGGGGGUGAGUUCGCCGGGCGCGUGGCGCUGCUGGGGAUGCCGAGGACAGGUACAGCGCAUGCGCGGGUUCCAUUGCAGAGGGUUAUUAGGGGGUUUAGGCGAACAGUGGAUGGUAUUGUAGAUGGCGAUUCGGUGGAGAAGAUGGUAUGGGAGCGUGUGCGCGUGGUGGUAAAGGGGGGCAACGAAUCCGUCACGAAUGAAAAAGCAACUGCGGGUCUGCGGAUACAUCUUGUCGCCGUGCCCAUUAUCACCCCUCAAAGCAGAAUUUCUGAGUUCCCCAGUCAUGGGGCCGGGAGGGUGUGUGCUGAGAUAUCUCCUUCGACUUGACGCGGCAUGCGGCUCUUCUUAUAAUCUAAAGAAGGAGAAACUUUUCUUUUCUAUUCCCUCCUUUUUCUUUCCUUAUUUAUUUUCUCAAAUCACUAAUUCUCUACAAAUAAACAUGAGAUUGUACGCGGUGCUGCUUGAAGUUUUGCGAGCAUGUCUGGACUUAUGGUGCUUUGUUUGGAGGCUGAAUGAGUUACUGGUGGGUAGGUAGAUACCUAGGUAAGGAGGUAGAUAGACACUAAGUAGUUAGAUACCUACCUACAUGCCUAAGUAUACUACGCCUCUCUAGGUGCCCUUCUUACAACAGAAGCGCAAGAGCUCCACAAGCUGUCGCAAGAGCCAUCCCCAACAACCCUCCCUUAGCCAUCCCCGACGCCCCCGACGUCUCAACCUCACCCCCCUCUCCACCACUAGCACACGACCCCUGAACCUCAAGCAGCACGCCCUCCGCGCUCUUCACACUAACUUCCAGAAGCCCAUCCUUCCCAACCGCAAGCGUCUCCCCAGCUCCCUCACUGCCCACAAUCUCAUCACCCGUCAGCGGAUCAAACGUAACCCCACCAACCGCAACCCCGCUCUUCGCAUUGGUGCCGGGCCCCGUGAGCCUCGUGACAUUGACGCUCUGCCCCUCGCACCACGGCGUGUUGACCGCGAG